AUGGUGAUAUUAGUCGUCUUCAUACUGGUACUACUUCCUCACGUGCCAUGCAAGCCUCACAUUAACUGCAUGGUAAGAGAUCCACACAAUCCACUACAUGAGUAUCAUCAGUUGGGAGGCAACAUAAUUGGUGGCAUCACUUCUCAGACCUUCAUAAUCUCCAACUCGCUAACCUUCGUUGAAGCACCUCCACCCGUGUUGUUUGAAGAGCUCGUUUACUUCAAUGCAAAGAAUACCUAUCAUGCAACAAUGCAGCUUAUGUCUUCAAAAGAAAAAAUAGUUCCCAACUACAUAUGUGACAUCCAGAAUAAAUUAAUAGCAGUUGUUGGGGGGCUGGACCCUCUAAUUUCUCAUCAUAUUGCAACUGUAUUGGAUAUCUACAAGAUUCCACAGCUGAUAUAUGGCCCUGCUCCAGUGAUGAAUGAUAAAACCACAGGCCUUUCCUUUUACCAAAUGUCUCCUAAAGACGCCCUUCAGCAUGCAGGCAUUCUGAAUUUGCUUCUCCAUUUCAAAUGGACAUGGAUUGGGGUCCUUAUAUCCAAUGAUGAAUAUGGAGAAAGAUUUGUGCAGACAGUGUUUCCAGUAUUCACUGGGAAGGGUAUUUGUUUUGCCUUCAUAGAAAGAAGCAGCAAAUUUACCAUUGUCACAGAAAUGUAUGAUACGCUACAUGAGGGAGCCAAAAUAAAUGAUAAAAUCAUUGACAGCAAAGCCAAUGUAGUGGUUGCUAAUGGAGAAUCCUAUCUCAUUGUGUAUUUGAGGUGGCUACCAUAUGCCUCAGAAAGAGAAUGUACAAUAAAUAAAGUGUGGAUAUUAACAGCUCAGAUAGAGCUCACUUCAAUGGUGUUUCAAAGAACAUGGGAUACAGACAUAGUCCAUGGUGUUCUGUCUUUCUCUGUUCACUCCAGUGAUCUGCCAGGAUUCAAGACAUUUAUUGAAAGCAAAAGCCCUUCGAGCACAACAGGAGAUGGUUUUAUCAGGGAUUUCUGGCAGCAGGCAUUUGGUUGUGUAUUCCUAAGUGUAGAUGGGAACAAGGUGGAUGGAGAUAUUUGCACAGAAUGGGAGGUCCAUCACUUUCUGAAAAUUGUCUCCUUUAACAACAGUGCUGGAGACAAGAUCUCCUUUGACCAGAAUGGGGAGUUAGUGACUGGAUUUGAUAUUAUUAACUGGAUUAUUUCCUCAAACCAAUCCUUUCAUAGAGUGAAAGUUGGGAGAAUGGAUCCUCAGGCUUCUCCAGACCAAGUGUUCACCAUCAACAAGGAUGCCAUCACAUGGCACAAUUGGUUUAAUCAGGUCCAGCCUAUUUCUUUAUGUUCUGAGAGUUGCUAUCCCGGUUCCAGCAAGAAAUUGAAGGAGGGAAAACCAUUUUGUUGCUAUGAUUGCAUCCCAUGUCCAGAAGGAAAGUUUUCAGACCAGAAGGACAUGAAUGCCUGUUCUACAUGCACAGCAAAAACCUAUCCAAGCAAAACCAGGGAUUUCUGUAUUCCCAAGUUCAUUUCCUUUCUAUCCUAUAAAGAACCACUGGGCAUCAGUUUAGCCUUCUUUGCUCUUUUGUUUUGUCUGAUCACAGUCUUGGUGCUAGGAAUAUUUCUGAAGCACCACAACACUCCCAUUGUCAAGGCCAACAACCGCAACCUUGCCUAUACUCUCCUUAUCUCAGUCCUGCUCUGCUUCCUUUCUGCAUUGCUAUUCAUUGGACAUCCUAAGCAGGUGUUGUGUCUCCUCCGACAAACCACUUUUGGCAUGAUCUUCUCUGUGGCUGUUUCUUGUGUGUUGGCAAAAACCACUACUGUGGUUCUUGCUUUUAUUGCCACCAAACCAGGUUCCAGAAUGAGGAAGUGGGUGGGGAGAAGUCUUGCCAAUGCCAUUGUUCUUUCCUGCUCCCUUAUUCAAGCAGGCAUUUGUACCGUAUGGUUGGUAACCUCUCCCCCAUUCCCAGAUGUUGACAUGCACUCAGUUACUGAAGAAAUUGUAUUAGAAUGCAAUGAGGGUUCUAUGACUAUGUUUUACUGUGUUUUGGGUUAUAUCAGUUUCCUGGCCAUAAUCAGCUUUGUUGUGGCGUUCUUUGCCAGGAAAUUGCCCAAUAGUUUCAAUGAAGCCAAAUUCAUUACUUUCAGCAUGUUGGUAUUUUGCAGUGUUUGGCUCUCCUUUAUUUCAUCCUACCCGAGUUCAAAGGGGAAAUAUAUGGUAGCUGUGGAAAUCUUUUCUAUCUUAGCCUCCAGUGCUGGGCUCCUAGGUUGUAUCUUUCUCCCCAAAUGUUAUAUCAUUGUUCUGAGGCCUGAGCUGAACAACAGGGAACAACUAAUAAGAAGGAAGGUCUGA